AUGGAUAAUAAUACUAGGUAUUUCCAUUCUAUUUUCAAAAAGAUAUUGCAUACAAACAAUAUAAAUGCUCUUUGUGAUGCUAAUGGUAAUUGGCUCAGGGAUAGACAUGACAUUAGUACUUUGCUUACAAUUCAUUUUAGUGAUGUUGCCAGCACUUCUAAUCCUAUUCUGCCUGAUAAUGCUUUUCAUAUAUUGCCAAGAAUUAUACUUGAUGUUGAUAAUGUUAUGUUAACUGCAGCCCCUAGUGAGCAUGAAAUUGAAAAUGUAGUCAAGCAUAUGCUUGCUUGGAGUGCACCUGCCCCUGAUGGCUUUCAAGCAGGGUCUUACCAAACACAGUGGCAACUAGUUGCUAAUAGAAUAAGGCCUUUUCUUAAGAAACUUAUCUCACCUUAUCAGGCUGCUUUUGUCCCAAGGAGAGCUAUUCAUGACAAUAUCAUUAUUGCACAUGAAGUUAUUCAUUCUAUGAAACACAAGGAAGGUUUGAAUGGCACCAUGGCACUUAAAUUAGAUCUGUCAAAAGCCUUUGGCAGGCUAGAAUGGAACAUUUUGAUUAAAGUUCUUGAUAGCUUUGGUUUUAGUAAAGAUUUUUGUAACCUAAUAAUGCAAUGUGUCUCUACUACAAGUAUUAGUGUGUUGCUUAAUGGCUCACCAUGUGAUCAAUUUGAACCAACUAGAGGUGUUAGACAAGGAGAUCCACUGUUUCCCUAUCUUUUUAUCUUGGCCAUGGAAUACUUAUCUAGCUCUUUGUUAGUAGCUGAAACUAAUAAGACUAUCACUAGCAUUAAAGUUUCUAGGAAAGCUCCACCUAUAUCUCAUUUACUUUUUGAUGAUGAUAUUCUUAUAUUUGUUCAAGCUAAUAUGCAACAUGUUGAUCAUAUUUUACACACUUUGCAGGAAUUUGGGAAACUUUCAGGUCAGAUACUUAAUUUUGAUAAGUCUUAUGUGUAUUUCAGUAACAAUCUUAGUCCUAAUGAUUGUGUCAUUCUUGCUCAGGCUCUUAACAUGUCUUUGGUUUCUGAUUCUGAAAAAUAUUUGGGAGCUCCAUUACUUCUUGGUCAUUCUAAGAUUAAGUCGUUUGAUCCUAUUAUGCAAUCCUUUGAAGCUAGAUUAACAAUUACAUUGGCACCACUAUCAAUCAAGCAGAUUCUUACUGAACAAGAUGAGUUAUGGGUGCAAAUUCUGAAUGCUAAGUAUUUUUCUAAUAGUAGCAUUCUUCAUCUGCAAAAACUUAAUGAUAAUUGUUCUUGGAUUUGGAGGAAUAUUUAUAAAUGCAUUGAGAUUAUAAAGAGAAAUAGUAUUUGGGAUGUAAGAUGUGGAACUAAGGUUAAAAUUUGGCUUGAUAAUUGGGUCAUUGGUCUAGAUCACCCUCCUUUACCAGCUGAAGGUUUGAUUAACACAAUUUCUUAUAUUUAUAUCUCUGAUUUGUUUAUACAUGGUACUAGGGAUUGGAAUGUGCACCUGGUUUAUUAUCUGUUUUCCCCUGAAUCUGCUGAAAGUAUUCUAGCAAUCACUAUUCUAGAUAUUGGUACUGACAAUCUUAUUUGGAUGCCAGAUAGGAAAGGACAAUUCUCAGUGAAGAGUGCUUGUAAUGUUAUAUCUAGUCACUCUAAUGCUAAUACAGGUGCACAAGUUGUUCCAUCUCAGGUUUGGAAGGCUUUAUGGAAAGUCAAAUUGCCUCACAAAAUUAAACUCUUUGCUUGGAAAUGCAUUAGGGACAUAAUUCCAACUAGAGACAAACUUUCUAAGUAUAAACCAAAUAUAGAACUUCACUGUAGUCUCUGCAAUCAUCCUAAUGAAUCUGUGAAUCAUAUGCUUCUGGAAUGUCCUUAUGCUAGAUCAGUUUGGUUGAGUUUAAACAUUAAUGUUGGUAAUAUUAUAUUGCAGCAUGGUUCUCUAAAGAAUUGGGUUAUCUCUCGGUUUUCUGCAGGAAAUAACCUUAUCUUUGGAUCAGGUAUUACUAGGCAAGAAAUAAAUAAGUUACUUAUGGUAGCUAUUUGGACUAUCUGGAAAGAUAGGUGUUCUAAGGACUUUCAGAAAAUCAAUCCCAACAGAAUGUUGUCUUUGGAAAAUAUUCAUAGGCUUACUGCUCCUGUUAAUAAUAAUAUUACUGUCAAUAACAACUCUUUGCAGGUGUUGAGAUGGAAACCUCCAGAUUGUGGUUACAUUAAAAUAAAUUUGGAUGCAUCUUUUCUGCAAGAAAAUUUUCAAGGUGGUAUAAGACUAAUUGCAAGAAAUUUUGCAGGCAAAAGCAUUGGUGCUCAAGGGAAAUACUUUGAUGGAGGAAUUAUUGCAGUGGAGGUAGAGGAGCUGGAAUGCAGGGCCAUGAAGGAAGCUGCAUCUUGGGAUAUCUCAAAGAAUUCAGUAGAGUUGUUUUUGAAUCAGAUAGUGAAGUUUUAA